CUAGAAGAUAAGAGGCGGAGGAGAGUGUUUAACACUGAGAGCUAAAAAUGGCUUCAGCAACAUCUCUUGUCUCUUCUUCCAUUCUUCUUUCUUCUUCUUCUUCUUUGCCUUAUAUUUAUCUUCCAAUUUCAACUUCACUCAAUUGUGUUUCAUCUAUUUCAAGUUGGGUUUCUCCCAAAUGCUUUAUCCAUAGCACAAGUAGUAGAAACCAAGAAAAUCUUAUUUGCAGAGCUGCUGAAUACAAAUUUCCUGACCCCAUUCCUGAGUUUGCUGAUGCUGAAACGGAGAAGUUUAGAGAUCAUUUGCUUAAGAAACUUCCAAAGAAGAAGGAUGUCUAUGGUGAUUCUGUUGAUGAAAUUGUUGGAAUCUGCACUGAGAUCCUCAACGAAUUCUUGCAUGCUGAGUACGGUGGUCCAGGAACACUACUGGUUGUUCCAUUCAUCGAUAUGGCGGAUACUAUAAACGAGAGGGGUUUACCAGGAGGACCACAGGCUGCGCGAGCUGCAGUCAAAUGGGCACAAAGUCACGUUGACAACGAUUGGAAGGAAUGGAAUAGUGGCAAGAAAAGAUAAUCCCACAACCAAAAUCCGUUGCCGGAAGUUUUGAUGCAAGCUAGUUACAUUUUUUGUUUUGACAUGGUGGGAGAGCAAACUUAUGUUCCUCCCUUACAAUAGUUUGUGAUAGUAUAGGACUAGCGGUUAGAGGAUCACAUAGAAAACUAGUCUGCAAGGUUUCUCAUUCUCAUUAUUUGAGGCUGGUUUAGGCGAUAAUGCUAUUAUGUGUACACUAUGGCACUUUGUUAUAUUUGAUGCACAUUGUCAAUUUCUAAACAUUGC